GGAGACCAGAUAUAAUGAAUGCAGGGUCCGGGGAGACCAGAUAUAGUGAAUGCAGGGUUUGGGGAGAGCAGAUAUAGUGAAUGCGGGGUCCGGGGACACCAGAUAUAGUGAAUGCAGGGUUUGGGGAGAGCAGAUAUAGUGAAUGCGGGGUCCGGGGACACCAGAUAUAGUGAAUGCAGGGUCCUGGGAGAGCGGACAUAGUGAAUGCAGGGGUCCGGGGAGACCGGAUAUAGUGAAUGCAGGGUCCGGGGAGAUUAGAUAUAGUGAAUGGUCCGGGGAGACCACCAUAUAGUGAAUGCAGGGUUCGGGGA